GCGCGCUCGGCAUUGUGGCAGGCGGCGGGGACCCGUGAGGCCGCCGGAGCCGCGGGCUGCGGCGGGGCGCAGAGAGGCGCACCACACCGGGGCUCGGACGGCGCGGCGCCGGCCGCUGCGGGCGCGGCUGAGCGCUCUCCCCUUGGGUCGCGCAACUUCGGAGCCAGGGGCUGGAGCCCGGAGAGCGCUGGGAGCCCGGGAGCCUGAGGAGCGCAGAGAGGGGCGCGCCGGAGCCGCGCUCCAGAGCGGGCGCCCAGCACCCUUCGCACUCCGAGCACCGGGCGGCCCUCUGUGCAGCGUGGCUGCCGCUGCCCCCACGGAGGGCACGGGCUGGCGCGGCCGGGCGCCGGGGAGGACGGCGUGGAGGCGGCGGCGGCGGCGGAGACGGCGGCGGCGAGGCUGGGGCCAGGGAGAGAAACCCGGCGGAGAGGCGCCCGAGCCGGGCCACGGGAGCAUGUGGUCCCAGAGCGGAGCGCGGGGCGCGCUGCUGCUGGCGCUGCUGCUCUGCUGGGACGCGAGGCUGAGCCUGGCAGGCACUGACUCCGGCGGCGAGGUGCUCCCUGAGUCCUUCCCAUCGGCGCCGGCCGAGCCGCUGCCCCACUUCCUCCAGGAGCCGCAAGACGCCUACAUCGUGAAGAACAAGCCGGUGGAGCUGAGCUGCCGCGCCUUCCCUGCCACACAGAUCUACUUCAAGUGCAACGGCGAGUGGGUCAGCCAGAAUGACCACGUCACGCAGGAGGGCCUGGACGAGGCCACGGGCCUGCGGGUGCGAGAGGUGCAGAUCGAGGUGUCCCGACAGCAGGUGGAGGAACUGUUUGGGCUGGAGGAUUACUGGUGCCAGUGCGUGGCCUGGAGCUCUGCAGGCACCACCAAGAGUCGCCGGGCCUAUGUCCGCAUCGCAUAUCUGCGCAAAAACUUCGACCAGGAGCCUCUGGGCAAGGAAGUACCCCUGGACCACGAGGUUCUCCUGCAAUGCCGCCCACCAGAGGGGGUGCCUGUGGCUGAGGUGGAAUGGCUCAAAAAUGAGGACAUCAUUGACCCCACCCAGGACUCCAACUUCCUGCUCACCAUUGACCACAACCUCAUCAUCCGCCAGGCCCGCCUGUCAGACACAGCCAACUAUACCUGCGUGGCCAAGAACAUCGUGGCCAAGCGCCGCAGCACCACGGCCACCAUCAUCGUCUAUGUGAACGGCGGAUGGUCCAGCUGGGCAGAGUGGUCGCCCUGCUCCAACCGCUGUGGCCGCGGCUGGCAGAAGCGCACACGGACCUGCACCAACCCCACCCCGCUCAACGGAGGGGCCUUCUGUGAGGGCCAGGCCUUCCAGAAGACUUCUUGCACCACCGUGUGCCCAGUGGAUGGAGCGUGGACAGAGUGGAGCAAGUGGUCAGCCUGUAGCACCGAGUGUGCCCACUGGCGCAGCCGAGAGUGCAUGGCACCCCCACCGCAGAACGGAGGCCGAGACUGCAGCGGGACCCUGCUUGACUCCAAGAACUGCACCGACGGGCUGUGCAUGCAGAAUAAGAAAACUCUAAGUGACCCCAAAAGCCACCUCCUGGAGUCCUCGGGGGACGUGGCGCUGUAUGCCGGCAUCGUGGUGUCCAUCCUGGUGGUGGUGGCGGUCCUCAUGGUGGUGGCGGUGGUGGUGUACCGCCGCAACUGCCGUGACCUGGACACUGACAUCACCGACUCGUCCGCCGCCCUCACCGGAGGCUUCCACCCCGUCAACUUCAAGACUGCGAGGCCCAACCACCCACAGCUCCUGCACCCUUCUGUGCCUCCCGACCUCACUGCCAGUGCCGGCAUCUACCGCGGGCCCGUGUACGCCCUGCAGGACUCGGCCGACAAGAUCCCCAUGACCAACUCGCCCCUGCUGGACCCCCUGCCCAGCCUCAAGAUCAAGGUCUACAGCUCCAGCACCACCGGCUCCGGGUCAGGCCUGCCAGAUGGGGCUGACCUGCUGGGGGUCCUGCCGCCCGGCACGUACCCUGGCGACUUCUCCCGGGACACCCACUUCAUGCACCUGCGCAGCGCCAGCCUCGGCUCCCAGCAGCUCCUGGGCCUGCCCCGGGAGCCGGGGAGCAGCGUCAGCGGCACGUUUGGCUGCCUGGGCGGGAGGCUCAGCAUCCCCGGCACAGGGGUCAGCCUGCUGGUGCCCAACGGAGCCAUCCCCCAGGGCAAGUUCUACGAAAUGUACCUCCUUAUCAACAAGGCAGAAAACGCCCUCCCACUUUUGGAAGGGACCCAGACAGUAUUGAGCCCCUCGGUCACCUGCGGGCCCACAGGCCUCCUGCUGUGCCGCCCCGUCAUCCUCACGGUGCCCCACUGUGCCGAAGUCAGUGCCAGCAACUGGAUCUUCCAGCUCAAGACCCAGGCCCACCAGGGCCACUGGGAGGAGGUGGUGACCCUGGAUGAGGAGACCCUGGACACCCCUUGCUACUGCCAGCUGGAGGCCAGGUCCUGCCACAUCCUGUUAGACCAGCUGGGCACCUACGUGUUCACGGGUGAGUCCUACUCCCGCUCAGCAGUCAAGCGGCUCCAGCUGGCCAUCUUCGCCCCAGCCCUCUGCACAUCCCUGGAGUACAGCCUCAGGGUCUACUGCCUGGAGGACACGCCUGUAGCAUUGAAGGAGGUGCUGGAGCUGGAGCGGACCUUGGGCGGGUACCUGGUGGAGGAGCCCAAACCCCUGCUGUUCAAGGACAGUUACCAUAACCUGCGCCUCUCCCUCCACGACAUCCCGCAUGCCCACUGGAGGAGCAAGCUGCUGGCCAAAUACCAGGAGAUCCCCUUCUGUCACAUAUGGAGUGGCAGCCAGAGGGCCCUUCACUGCACCUUCACUCUGGAGAGGCACAGCCUGGCCUCCACCGAGUUCACCUGCAAGAUCUGCGUGCGGCAGGUGGAGGGGGAGGGCCAGAUAUUCCAGCUGCACACCACACUGGCAGAGACGCCUGCUGGCUCCCUGGACGCCCUCUGCUCUGCUCCCAGCAGCACACUCACCACCCAGCUGGGACCCUAUGCCUUCAAGAUCCCGCUGUCCAUCCGCCAGAAGAUAUGCAACAGCCUGGACGCCCCUAACUCGCGGGGCAAUGACUGGCGCCUGUUGGCGAAGAAGCUCUCCAUGGACCGGUACCUGAACUACUUCGCCACCAAAGCGAGCCCCACGGGUGUGAUCCUGGACCUCUGGGAAGCUCUGCAGCAGGAUGACGGGGACCUCAACAGCCUGGCCAGUGCCUUGGAGGAGAUGGGCAAGAGUGAGAUGCUGGUGGCCAUGGCCACCGAUGGGGACUGCUGAGCCGCCCCCGCCUGCGGGCUGCUAGGGACUGGCAGAGGGGGUGCAGGGAGGCCCAGGCACCUCCCGUGUGGCAGUUCACCUCCGCUGCCCCCCAGUUCACAGCCGGGGUCACCCUCCUCCUCCUCCCUUGCCCUACCCCAGAUCACGACCAGCCUUAGGAAUCCAUGGACUCUGGUAUUCCUCUCUCCCCCCAACCCGCUCCCAACCCACCAUCUCUCCUGGCCCAGUCCUUCGUGCAGAAACCAGGGUGGGCUGAGGCCUCUGGAAACGGGAGUAAGGGGGUGGCCCUCCCUCCACCCGACCCUCUACCUGCAGCCCUGGUUUGUCUUCAUUUCGUUCUUGAUUUCCUCCUCAGCUAAUGAUUUCUCCCUGCUCCCUAAGCCCUCUGUCUUCACACCAUUUUCCUCUUUGAAGAUCAGUCAAGUCCACACGCUUUCUCCAUCCAAAAGCUAAAAGGAAAGGAAGCAAACUUGCUUCAGGAAGAAGAAAAACACCAAAACCACAAGGGAAAAGGAAAACCCAGUUUCUUAGGAAACGCAAAUGAUUUAUUAUCCAGGUAUUUGGAUAAGUCCUUUU